AUUUAACGUUUUUGGUAAUUUAUAGUCGUUUUCAAAAUUCAAAAUAUAACAUAUAAGAAUUUGUUUUUAUUAUAUGGUUAAUGUGGUUAUUUAAUAUCUUUUAAUAAUAUAAAAUUAAACAAAAAGAGCUAAGAUACAAAAAUUAUUAUUAAAUAUUUAUUAUUCAUAAUCAUUAAUUGUCAUAUAUACGUUAAUCAUAUUAGACAAAUCCGUAGAUGUUAUUUAAGAAAAAUGCAAGAAUAUUCUUUUGUACACUAUUUAUCAAAUUAAUAGUUAGUUUAAUAAAAAAUAUAAUAUAAUUUAAGAUGGACCAACUUAUUUUUUAAAAAUUUUGAAUUUUAUUUUCGUGGUAACACAUAGUUACAAAAUAAUGGUGUAAUGUUUGUCAAUUAAUAUAUAAUGAAUUUUUUUAUAAAGGAAAAUAUAUUUUAUUUUUCCCAACACUCUCCCUCCCUCUCUCUCUGUUCAAACACGUUGUUACAAAACACUUGCUACAAAGUUUUCCAACAGUUUCCUCACCAGAAACUGUGUCGAUGAAGUUCAAGUACACGUAGAGGUAGAAGAAAAGGAAGAGAUUAUUUAUCUGGGUCUAGGAUUUUGAUUUAUUCGACUUUGGCUGCUAUGGCUUCUGUGUUGCUACUGUUUCUAGUGUUUGUGUUUGAUCUCACAGCUUUUGGUCUUGCCGUUGCUGCCGAACAGAGAAGAACCACCUGGCAAGUUGUUAAUGAAUCAGGAGAUUCAAGCUACUGUGUGUGUGAGAAAGAUAUAGCAACUGGUCUCGGAAUAGGUUCUUUGUUGCUUAUAGUGGCAAGUAGUCAGCUCUUCAUAAUGGUGGCGAGCCGAUAUCGCUUAGCACUAAGUGGGUCUAGAUCCUAUCCUAUUGUUCUUUUCAUCACCACCUGGGUCUUCUUCUUCAUAGCAGAGGUGUGUUUACUUGCGGGAUCUGUGCGAAACGCUUACCACACCAAGUACCAUGUCUACUUUGGGAACACUGCUCCUUCUUGUCGAUCUUUAAGGAAAGGCGUGUUUGCGGCUGGAGCUGCGUUCAUAACAGGGAUUGUCUCCGAGCUUUACUACGUGUGCUUGACAAGGCCCAAAGACUAUUAUGAGGUUCCUAGAGAUCCGAGUAUUCGAAUGAGUAGCUUGUAAGUAUUGACUAAGUUGAUAAAAUACACAGAAUAGACUUUUGUGUUCAUCUUUCUCUCUCUCUCCCCUGUAGAACCUUACUUUAUAUGGUUUCUUGAUAACUAAAUUGUACAAAAGAUACAAGAUUCAGACAUGAGUUGGUGAAUGAUGCUUCCUUCUUCAAUCCUAAGUUUCUUACUCUCUCUGUUCCAAAGAUGAACAGCAAAGCUAUGUUUACGCAAAUGCAUAAGCCUCUUCCUUGACCAAUUCACCUCACUCUCAUUCGCUGACGCCCUGUAAAAUCUUCUGAGCCAUCUAAAUCCAAGACUGGCAUCGAACUUGAUUUCUAAUCUCAUGCAGUCAUACACUAAUCAGGAGAGUUCACAUAAGAAACAAAUACAAAAAUAUUUUAGGGAAAAAAAAAACAAAUUGCUCGAAGCAUUUUGAGUACAAACAAAAAGAAAGAAAA